CAGUUUGCAGAGUAUAGACGUAGGUGAAUGGGAAUUUGUGGAUUUGACAUUGGAAUCUGUUGUGGUAUGCUCACUGUGAAAUAAUAGAUAUUUCCACCCAGUUUCUGGAAGAUGCUUGUUUUGAGUGUUAUUUAAUGUGGAUAAUGAAGCCAUAUGUAAUUAUAAUUCACGUAUUUCUUAUUGCGACUCACAUGUGGGUAGCUGCACAUCUCAGAGAUGAAGUUGAAGAUAAUGAGUUUGCAGAAUUUGAAGAUUUUGAAGAAGAUGAGGAAGAAAUUCCACUGAAGGACUCACAAGAAACCAAUCAGGUGCCCAAAGCCAAAGCACCUCCAGAUCAUCCAGAAAUUGAAGAAGAAGAAGAAGAGGAGGAGGAAGAAGAAGAUGAAGCAGUAGUGGAAGAUGAUGAUGGUGAAUUUGAUCAUUUCCAAGAUGAAGAAGAGUUUGAAGGUUUUGAUACUGUUGGCCAGGGGGGCAAGCCAGAUGACAAAGAAGCACCAAAAAUUACAAUAACAAAGGUUCCACUGCACUUCAGAACUAACUGGGACAGUUUCUACCUGGAAAUGCUGAUGAUUGCUGGUUUAGUAGUUUAUGCCAUAAAUUUUUUCAGUGGAAAAAGCAAGAAUAGCAAACUAGCAAAUGCAUGGUUUAAUGCACACCGUGGCAUUCUAGAAGAGAAUUUCAGUCUUGUUGGUGAUGAUGGGAAAAUUGAAAAUGAAAAUCCUGGGCUAAUGAAAGACUCCGAGAGCAUGUAUCUAUUAUGGUGCAGUGGCCGAACAUGUUGUGAAGGAAUGCUUGUGGAACUGAAGUUACUGAAGCGCCAAGAUCUUGUUGCUGUCAUAGGACAAUUGAUGCGGCCUUCCAGUGAUCAGGUACACAUCAGGGUUGAUAUGAACAAGGAAGAUAUGGACAGUUUUGUGUUCUGUAUUGCUGCUAAGAAAACUGCUUUAAGACUUUCAAAGGAAAUGGCAGAUCUGAGUGUAUACUGUCCAGAGAGGCGUUCAGUGGAGAAAUACGGCUUGCCAGCCAGUUUUAAUUUGCUAUCUGAAAUAGCUGAAGCAUCUUCUGCUCUUUUGGAUUCAAAAGUUGUAAACGUCAUUAAAACUCACGCAGAUAUGAUUGAUUACAUUCAUUUUUCUGAUCAAUAUUCAGGCCCAAAGCAGCCAGAUGAUGCAAAUCUUACAAAAUUGCCUGAAACAAAGAAGGUAUUGUUGUUCAAUUUCAACAUGAUCGUUAAGGGAAGACAAAUAGAUGAAGCCAUGGAACAGAUGAAACCUCUUAUGAUGCUUGUUAUCUACUGCAUGGAGAAAGUUAAGAGAUUCCGUCUCAGCAGAGAGGCAAAGAAUAAAGCACAGAAAAAUAGGAACCGUGUGGAUGAGGCUUUCCUCAAGACGACACAUGCUGCAAGGGCAGAAGCAGCUGCAGCCCGCCGUGAGGAAAAGAAGAGGCAGGAGAAGGAACGUAUUUUGCAAGAAGAUGACCCGGAUAAGCAGCGCAAAUGGGAAGAUCGUGAAAUGAAACGCCAAAUGAAGAAAAAGGCGCCAAAAAUGAAGCAGUUGAAGUUAUGAGAACACUUCUCCGCCUGGGUUAUGCUUUUGUAAGUGAACAUUUAGUACUUAACUAAAAAAAGAUUUAUUUAUGAAGAAUACCAUACAUAUAUUCAUUAAUUCUUUGUAAUAAAGUAUUUUCAAAUUUUGAUACCUACCUUUAGGUCAUUUUUUAGAAUUACUUGUCAUAUUUAUUAUUGUCUUCCAAACAAAAUUUUGGAAAAUUGUAAUUAAAAAUGGAUAAAGAAAAUUAAGCAGCUAGCAUACUCAUAUUUUACAACCUGUAUUUAUGAAGUGCAAUAAAUAUAUUAUUUAUUGUG